GGCAUUUAGAGUAAACCUGUUUAAAUCAGCAUAAAGGAGAGCACUGUAUAAUUUGAACUCUUUUCAUAUCAGCUCCGAACUCGCAAAAGAUGCCCCCGGACGUCAGCUCACAAGUCGAGAACACCAUCAGUGUGACUCCUACUGAUACCAAACAGGCAUCAAAAUUUUACAGAAAUGAUACGAACCGUGAAAGUACAAACAGUUUGUACGAAGAAGCCAUCAAUAUCAUACCUGGGCGGCUUACGGUACUUCAAACAUCCAAGGAUUUGCCAGCUGCACAACAGCCAUUCCAUAAUCGACUGAAUCGUUUACAGAGGUACCCAGAUUGCCCAGGUGUCUCUAUUGCUUAUGACUUGCUGACGCACACUGGAUUUGCGACGGAACCACUUCAUUUUAUUAACCAGCCGAAGUUAGAAAGAAAGUUCGGAGACUUAACAUUGGUAUCUGACGCUGAUUAUGUGGUAGUUGGUCAAAUAUCUUCCUUGACGUAUAUGGUUGUAACUGAAGAUUUGAGCGGAAAACAAACAUUUGAUAGAAGAAGGAAGCAAAUGGUUGGUGAUAUGCUGGUAGCAGCGACGACAAGGCACGACUUCUUCCUACAAAGCGAGUCAGAAAAAUUAUCGCCACAUGUUUACGGCAUGCUUUUAUGGAAGAGUAAUGUGAAUUUUUAUCAAGCAACUUUAAAACAUGAAACCAUUGUGGAACUACAACCUGGCCGCCGCCUUCCAUAUUGUAAUCAGCUACGCGUUCAGGAAGACGCAAACUGGCACAAUCGCAAAGAUACAAGUUCGUUAUCGUUAUUCGAUCACGCCGACAGAGAAACCAUAGCUUACACACUCUCAGGUAUAAGAAAAACAAUAUUACGAAUGAGACAUUACGCAUAGGUGAGUUAGAACUUACUAGAGUUUGAAAAUCAAAAUCUAACAGGCCAAAAAACAACUGAAUAUUG